CAAGCUUGACCUGACGUCUUUUCUUCCUCUUUGCUUCAGUUCUGAAUGGCUUCAUUCAAGUUGCUUCAAUUGCAUCCUCUGCUUUGAAUUGACAAGCCUUGAUCACAUUGACGCCUGCGCAAUACCCCAUCGCGCUUUUCAUUAUUAUCCUCACGUUACUUCCAUUUUAUUCCUUUGCUGUUCCUCUUUGGCAGGUCCAGUCUUCUUAGAGCUCACCUUCCAGAGCUCAACAGUGUCUGUUUACAUCGCCGACCACCCAGUCACCCGCCAAGACCUCCCCGACAAAAAGUCAUGUUGAACUCACACCAACCACCACCAUGUCAAUCCAACCACUUCCUGGGGACGUUAUCGCCCAGAUCAAGUCUUCAGCUGUUAUUACCUCCCUGAACGGCAUCGUUGAUGGCCUGCUCCGAAACUCACUCGACGCCGGUGCAACCAAGAUCAACAUUUCUAUCGAUUACAGCCGUGGAAACUGCUCUGUUGAGGACAAUGGGCUCGGGAUUCCUCCAGCCUGCUUCCGCGAAGAUGGUGGUCUCGGCAAGCUUUACUACACCUCGCGAUAUCCGCCACACCCCGAUUUCCAUGGAAGACAUGGCCAGUUCCUGGCUUCCUUAGCAGCUCUGUCUCUGCUUUCCAUCUCAUCUCAUCACCAUGAACACCGCUCACAUAAUUCAACAACAAUUCACAACUCCCGAAUUGUGGCCCGCAACACUCCUGCUCUACCCGAAGAGUGUGUCCUGGCCUUUCCCAGUGGAACGCGUGUUACUGUUCGCAACCUGUUCGGCUCCAUGCCCGUCCGCGUAAAGCAGAGGGCCACCGAAGUUGAACGACUGGGCACGGCUAAGAGCCUUGACCAGCUCAUUCAUAUCAUCGUUUCGAUUCUCCUUUCUUGGCCAAACGAGGCCACUCUAUCCGUCCGAGACGCUGUUUCUCGACGUACUGUUACUCUUCGCACUUCCGGGAUAACCAACCAGCUCCAAGACCGUCGGAACUCUGCUAAUGAGCUGGUGCUGCGGACCUCCAGCCUUUUCGCCCAAGCUUCGCUGACUGAGGAACAAGACUCCAAGUCAUGGGUUCCAGUUGGAGCCUCGGUACCUGGAGUUUCUGUGAACGGUUGCUUCUGCCUAGUGCCGGUUGCAACAAGGCGAGUGCAGUUCAUGUCUUUAGGCAUACGACCAUUGUCAAACGAAAACGACUCCAACAUCCUGUACGAGGAGGUCAAUCGCGUGUUUGCAAAUUCUGGGUUUGGCGUCAUCGAAGAAGCGGCACUCAACGAAGGGCAGCCAAGGAGGAAAGAAGGGUUCACAUUAAAAGAACUCAAGCCAAGAAAGGGCCUUGAUCGAUGGCCCAUGUUCUUUCUUCGAAUCACCAUGGCUGGACAGGAGGGUUCCUUGAAUGCUGAUGACUUUCUAGAUGAAAGGCAGCAGGACCUCUCGAUUAUCACCGACCUUCUUCAGGUGAUAGCCUACGAGUUCCUAAAGAAACACCAGUUCAGGCCCAAGUCUAUUAAUGCCUUCGACAGGCUCAAGUCGUCAAGGGGCUCAUCAGCUGAGUCCGGUACUCUCGGGAGAUCUGUCUCCCCGUCAUCCUCACAGGCAACCUUCAGUCACAACAAGAAGCAUACACCCUCGGGGCUAGCGCGAUCAACUUCUAGCAGCUCAAGGGCAAGCUCAAGCAACCGUCACAUCGAAGAGGGCUCAGCAUCCCCGUUUACGUCGUGGUCACGCGUGAAGUCGGGAUCCACGCAUGAAUUACAAUCCAAAAACUUCUCUUCAAGUUCAGCCUUAUCUACAGACAAGACCGUCAAAUCUGCCAGCACAUCUACGCAAGAUGUGGAAAUCGUUCCGUGGGCGCAAAACCCACUGUUUGACAGAGCGGGUAAGCUUAUACGAAAGCCGUUCGAGGAUGUCGAGCCACCUCCAUCAAGCAAUAACCACUUCGCGCCACGGGGACUGAGUCGACAGUCCAGUCUGCCCUCAAGCUUUGACAGUAGCAAGACGGACAACUAUGUGGAGUGGGUAGAUCCCACUACGAAUACCAGAACACUCAUAGAUCCGCGGACAGGCUUCAUGAUUCGGCCCCAUUCGGCCCCCGGAACGAGACCUCGAGACACUCCAAAGCGACGCCCAAAGGGCUCACUAGCUCGAGCUGCUGUCCCAGCGUCAAAAAGUACCGCCUUCGAACCUGUCGAAGCUCCCAUACCCCGUGUGCCCGAGUUGUAUAAGUCCCUGGAACACGGCGCUCAUCAUAGCUGCAAUCAUCACUCUACGGGAGUUGUCAAUCUGGAACCGGUCAACGGAGGGGCCUUGAUGACCCUACAGGGCCGAAUCUCCAGAGAUGCCCUGCGUACGGCAACUAUCCUUGCACAGGUCGAUAAAAAGUUCAUCUUUGUUAAAAUGGCUCCCACGGAAACGGACAAAGUCUCCCCCAGCUCCGACGUUGACCGAAGCGUCCUGGUUCUGAUCGAUCAACACGCGGCUGACGAGCGAGUCCGCGUAGAAUAUUUGAUGAAAUCUUAUUUCACCAUUGUCCACCGCUCAGGUGCCUCACAGUCGGACCAGAUAACGGCCCAAACGCAGUCCCUACAACGCCCUCUCCGCUUCGACCUGUCCAAGCAAGACGGGAACCUUCUCGUCCGAUACAAACCACACUUCGAAUACUGGGGCAUUUUCUACGAAGUCUUCACAGGCGAGGAACACUCGACGAGGUUCACCGUGGAAGUACAGUCACUGCCACCCAGCAUCUUGGAGCGGUGUCGGUUGGAGCCGCGAGUGCUGGUCGAGCUGCUUCGAAAGGAGAUAUGGAGGCUGAAUGACAACCCCGGCUUGGGCUUGUCCUUGAAUCGUGCAGCUGGCGGUGGCCAGAUAGAGGGAGAACGUGACUGGGUUGCUAGGUUCCAUGAUUGCCCGGAGGGUAUCUUGGAGUUGUUGAAUUCUAGGUCCUGUAGAAGUGCUAUCAUGUUCAACGACGAACUGUCUCUGGAGGAAUGCAGCAGCUUGGUCUUGCAGCUGGCCGAUUGCGCUUUCCCGUUUCAGUGCGCGCAUGGGCGACCAUCCAUGGUUCCGCUUCUCGAUCUGGGUGCUGGGUUAGUCCGAGCAAGCUCGGAUUUAACUCUUCCAGACGAUUUCGAUAGGACCCGCACCGAGGACAAAGGCAAGAACAACUUGUGGUCUGAAUUGAGUAGCUGGAGGCGGGAUAAGAUCAAAGGCCGUUGAGGUUGACAAA